AUGUCAGAUGAAAAGGGGUCAUUGGAAUAUCUUCCAAUCUAUUCAUUUCUCUUUCCGAAUGAAAAAGGGUCUAGCUUAUAUAAUGCUUAUGACCGGGAUGAAGUGGAAGAUAAAUUGGUUAUCAAAAUCGAUCAAGAUGAUCGAGUUCCAAAGUUUUCCGUCACAGACGACAUUUCUGAAGUAUAUGGUUUACCCAGGAUUCAUGAAUGUAUUAACGGUCAAAAGCCUUUAAGAGCUGUGAUUGAUAUAGAUGCAUCAAAAGAAGAUAUGGAAACAGCUAAUGUUAAAGGACAGGAA